AUGGCGGCAAAGCAGUUCGGUGCCUAUCUCGAGCGCAUGACGGAGUCGCCGCAGCAGGGAGUACAGCUCGAUGUGUUGGUGCCGUCGAGCUAUAGCGGUCGGCCCCCUGUCACGGUGGGAAGAUGCAGAAUUGCCCUUGACACGCUCCAGCCGGGCCACCCUGUGAAGGGGUGGUUUCCAGUAAUGCACCGGCGAGCCCGCCUCUCCGCUGCAGACGUGGGCCUGUGCAAGUAUGCGGAACUAACCGUCGGCAAGGUGAAGCUCACAGCCACCGUGGAGUACUACCCAAGCUCGCGACUGUCAUCAGCGGAGCCGACAGCGGCCACCAAGCAUAAGCGCCACGAGGGCAAAGAUGGCGGUCACGUGCCACUUCCGCGAGCCAAGACGCGCCGUUCUCACCGGCAUCCAGGGCGCACAGGGGAGGAUGCAGCGCAGACACCUACGGAGACGUCCUCGACGUCCACAGAGACUACCGCAGCCGAAUCGCCUGUCUCCUCCUUACUCAGCCCAGCCGCCAGAGAAACGGCGCGUCGGCACGGGCGUCAUAGGCGGCAUGUGGGUCACCACGGCACGGCCCUGCUGCAGGAUAAGUCAGCUGUCACGCACCAGCUGCUUCAACAAGGGCUGCGGUUGCGAGCGCAAAUGGAGGCGGCAGCCCGUGGUCUAAGCCUCGGCAACUUCGAUUCUUCCACCGACUUGACGCCAGACAGACACCGAGGAGUCCGCAACGGUCACGUGAUUUUCGAAGAUGUAGAAGCCGGCGUUUUCGCUGACGACGCCGAUGAGGAUGUCAGCAAUGUAAGCGACGCCGUCCACACGUCAGAGGACAGCGACGAGGAGAAGUUUGCGUUGCAGAUGCAAAAGGAUGCCGAAGCCCGCGAUCGGCGGGGCAUUCAGCAGCAGCAGCAGUCAACAAUAUCAAGCAGUAUUCCUGCCGCACCGGCUGCAGUGGGGCAGCAUCUCGCCCGCAGCUCAGCUGUUGGAGCGGCGUCUGAGACCGCGGUGGAAGUGUUGCCCAUCACAAACGGCGGCAGUGUCCACAGCACACGAGCUGUGGUGGAGCUGUGCUUCUCCAACUUCUCCUUUGCCCAGACUUCCCUUACGGCCGACUUGCACAAGAUUCGUAUCAACGUCCGCCUGAGUAGCGAUAUCACCACGUUGGAACCUUCCUCCGGCUCUCUCUCGUCCUUUGUGCACCCGGUACCGGUGCAGCAGCCAUCCAUUUGCCUGCUGUUUGACGUGUGCAGCUUUUUCGAAGAUCACAGCAAACUUGUCGUCGAGGCUUACAAGGUGAUGAGUGAACUGGAACUGGAGAACGAGAACGAUGGUUGGGAUGUCCAGGGACCGCGUCACGUGGCAAAAGAGGAGCUGCUUGGACUCUCGGUGAUUGGGCUGUACCGCCAAUCGCGCGCUGUCGUCUUUCGCGACCCUGUUGCCGACACAUCCAACGUCUUCGCACAGCUCGAAGUACGUGUGCGGCCCCACGGUGUGAGACACAGCACAGCCACCAGCACCGUUCUGGAUGCUCCUCCUCAGCAGCAGCAUCCGCACCAAGAAUCGUGGAAUACGGGCCGAGGUGCGACAAGCAGCUCCCUCCAAGCGCCGGCGAGUGACGCUGUCCCGCCCAGCAGCAUCCCGGCAUGUGCCUCAGACGCGCGGCCGGCAAAGGAGAACGCUGUCAGCGCGUCGAAGCACAAGUCUCCUGCCGGACGUAGCCACGUGCAGGAGGCUUCAGCGGGAGAGGAAGCAAGCUCCAUCGCAGGCACUUACCCUCUGCACGUCUCGCAGGCUCCAGUGGGCAACUCGUCAUCCAGCGCCACAACAGAACGGAGGCGCCUGCGCGUCGUAGUGUACAGUGCUGCGGAGCUGCCACGUGUGGCUGUGGCGCAAGGUCGUGGCCACGGCACUGUUACCGGUAGCGGGGGUGGGCACUUUCCCAUCGUCUCCGCACGGCCGCGGUCCAUACCGGAGGCAGGCGUGGAGGGUGUGACGAGCUACGCCGAUCCGAACUCCUUCGUCACCAUCGAGGAGGUGUACCGCGUCGCAGAGACGUGGUGUACAAAAUCAAAGACGGCAGCGUCCACCUCACGUGCCGCCAGUGCACCAUCAUCGAGCAGGCAGUCGAUCCACGACUGGUACGUUGACGAGGCGCGCGGUGGCUUCUACGACCGCAGCGCUGUCGCUAAGGAGAGCAGCAACCCGAGCUACAACUACGAAGUGACUCUGCAACUACCGGAAAUGACUGUGCCCACGGGUAACGGCACCGCAGCGGCCGCGCUGACGCACGGUGUCGCCGAUGUGCUGGACGAGCUACAGCUGGCCGUGUGGCACUCUGACCUCUCCCGCCACGCCUCCGCGCAGAGUGGCACUACUGUCACGAGCGGUGGUGCCGGUGGCGGGCAUACCAGGUCACGCGGGACAAUUGUCCGUCAGCAGGAGGAGCACUUCUGGGAAUGUGCGGCGUACAUGGGCACGUGCCGGGUCGACCUCCGUCCGCUGCGCUACCUCAAGACUCUCGAUGGCUACUACCGUGUUGUGUGUGAGCGGACACCUGGAAGCACGGUAGGGCCGACGUCGACGGAUGUGGAGUCGAACACGAUUGGCUAUGUCCGGCUGAGUGUAUCGCUGCAGUGA